AUGGCCACUUCUAGCCCAGUGGUUUCAAGUCCAAAAGUCGCGGCUGUCCUCCAGAAACUCCAUGGCGAGUCUGACUCACAGGAGUCUUCAUACUCGGUUCUUUCGUUCUGGCUUCGCAAGCAGAUCACAGCUAUACUAUUCGGUAGCCGUGGAUGGAAUUCCAGGGAUGACGACUUCAUGAGGGACAAAUACAUUUGCCUUGAAGCUGACAAGGCCCAAUUGCUAUAUCUUCUGGCAAGGUCUACUGGUGCUCUGAACAUUGUCGAAGCUGGUACAAGCUUCGGCGUUUCCACGAUAUACCUUGCCCUUGCGGCUGGGCAGAACGCUGCUGCGAAGGCGUCUGGUUCAGCCACGCCGGGACAAGGAGCUCAGGUCUUUGCCACCGAGAAUGAACCGACCAAGGCAAAGAAAGCAAGGGAGAACUGGAAGGAGGCUGGAGAGGAAGUCGAGCCAUGGAUUACCUUGCUAGAAGGUGACCUACGUGAAACCCUGCCGGAGCAGAUGAAGAAGGUUGAUCAAGUCGACCUUCUGCUGCUAGAUAUUUGGACACCGUUGGCUCUGCCAGCGGUCAAAGCCGUCCUACCGAAUCUCCGCACCGGUGCCCUAAUCGUCGCAGACAACACUGUCAUGGCACGAAGAGAUUACAAGGACUUGUUUGCUUUCCUCGAUGACCCCACGAACGGAUUCAAGCACAUGACGACUCCAUUCAAAGGUGGUUUAGGAGUCAUUGUCUACCUUCCGUAG